CGCCCGCAGAAGCUGCGAGCGCUGCGCUCCGGAGCCGGCCCGCGCUCAGCUCGCUCGGCUGAUAGCGGCCAGCAGCCGCAUAGAGGGAGUGUGUGGCACCCCAUGAGCUUUGCAACCCCCCAAGUGGACCGGCCGACGUUCUGAGUUGUCCUAGAAUUGGAGCUGGCGUGUGGAGGGUACUCUCCACCGGCAGUGAUUUACCAGGGGUUUGGAGAUGAGCUAACCAUGUCUUUAAAUUCAUCUACACUUUCAAAUGAAGAAAACGCUCAAGGAGCAAAAGGAAAUACUGAGUGUUUGGAAAGCCUACUGCAGACUCCAUCAUCAUUUCAAGAUAAUCCACUUCAACAAUUACAGUUAGCAUCGCAGGAAGUACUGGAAAAGGCAAAGAAGAGUGGGAGAUCAAAAUGCCCUCGAUGCAAUAGUUCAAGGAUGUUUUAUUGUUAUACAUGCUUUGUUCCUGUAGAAACUGUCCCUACCAAAGAAAUUCCAACUGUGAAGUUACCUUUGAAGAUUGACAUUAUUAAACACCCAAAUGAAACCGACGGCAAAAGCACUGCUGUGCAUGCUAAGCUCCUGGCACCUGAUGAUGUUACAAUUUAUAAAUACCCUUGCAUUCCAGAAUAUGAAGAGAAGAGACACGAAAUAGCACUUAUAUUUCCUGGCCCCAAUUCAGUUUCAGUAAAAGAUAUUGCUUUCCAUCUCCAAAAGUACACCAAGAAAGGUGUCUGUGCUAGUGAUGAUGACUGUUCCAGAGAGCCACUUCUUAAACAAGCAAAAGUAGAACCUGAAGAAGAAAAAAAUCCCAGUGAAGGCAUCUCAAGCAGCAGGAGUGAAGGUACUAGACUGAAGAAAAUAAUAUUUAUUGACAGUACCUGGAAUCAAACUAACAAGAUAAUAACUGAUGAACGACUUCAAGGGUUACUGCAAAUUGAGUUGAAGACAAGGAAAACUUGCUUUUGGCGUCAUCAGAAGGGAAAACCAGAUACAUACCUUUCCACAAUAGAAGCAAUUUAUUAUUUCCUUGUGGACUAUCAUCAGGAGAUUUUGAAAGAGAGCUACAAAGGACAAUAUGAUAAUCUGCUUUUUUUCUUUUCAUUUAUGUAUACCUUGAUUAAAGAUGCCAAGUGUUGUGCAGGAAAAGAGUAAGCUGUCUGUUGGUGCAUGACACUACUCUUCUUUGUAAUAAUAAACUGCACAAACAUAACUGGGA